UCCUUUUUCACUGUUUGUGUUUGUUUUCGUUCAGUUUCGACUUUUUGGCUGAUUAAUUAAGAACGUGUUUUUUAAAUUUUAGUGAGAUCUUAAUCACGCUUAAAAAUUGAGGCAGCUUCGCCCCAUCAACGGAUCGCACUUUUUCGGUGGGGACGUCCCAGGCUUUACUGAAAGGCUGUCUGUUGUCGAUUGGUAGUUAUUUUCGUUCGUGAUCACAUGUGAGCAUCUGCGACGUGCAAGAAAAAGCAGCGGGGGAGGACGGGAAAAAAGUACAAAGGUUUUCGGCCGGUGUACUUAAUGUCGCCCUGUUCCGAGGCGUGGAAAAGUGCAGCAAAGGGAAGAAUGUCAAGGUCGCCGUAGGCAAGAUCGACGCAACAGAAACCAGGAGAGUGAAUCAUGUCCAUAAAGGACUGCGCAUUUCGCUUGCUGCGAAAUGGUCGGACUCUCCUGCGACAUUUUUGGAGCAACCCAGCCUCCAAGGACGUCGUGGACGUUGUGGACGGGCGGAUCGUGAGCUCCGCGUCCACCGCGUCCACCGCGUCCACCGUGCGGAUUGUGCACGAGCACGCCCGCCGUCUGUUCCUUGACAAUGUCCUCAAGAGGGUCUCGAACUCGACUGCCGCGGAGCUCAGGCGGCGCACGGCCAAGCGCCUGCUCUUCGGCAAUGCAGCCCCCUUCCUCGCCUUCGUGGGUGUCAACCUGGCCUCCGGCACCAGCAUCAUCACCGAGGAGGACGAGUUGGAGGCGGCUUGCUGGGGGAUAAGGGAGACAGUGUCCGCUAUGGAUUGGACGUUUAUCAAAAAGGAAAGCGAUAUUCAGAACAUUUGGGAACGAUUGGACGAACCAUUUUCUCUUGAAAAUUUCGAAUUUGGCAAGGCUAUUGCCAAAGGCUGCAAUGGUGUUGUGUAUACGGCAAAAUUAAAAGAAGAGUCAUCAUCAUUUGAAGAUCUCAAACAAGAAAAUGACACGUCCAAUUUUCCCCUGGCAAUAAAAAUGAUGUUCAAUUAUGAUGCUGAAUCAAACUCUAUGUCGAUUCUGCGUGCUAUGCAUAGGGAGACUGUCCCUGCUAUGACCUACUCAUCCAAAGAAGAGAUAAUGAGUUGGGAAGGAGGCCUUCGUCAGCGCUGCAGAACCUUACCACCACAUCCCAACAUAGUCCGAGUCUACAAUGCAUUCACUGACAGCGUCCAGGCCUUGCCUGGUUCGUUGUCACUGUAUCCAGAUGCAUUGCCAGCACGAUUAAAUCCAAAUGGGUUUGGUCGGAACAUGAGUCUUUUUCUCGUGAUGAAAAGGUAUGACACGAGCCUUAAGGACUACUUGGAAAAGUCUUCUCCAAACCCAAAAGUAGCUAUUUUGUUGCUUACACAGUUAUUGGAAGCUGUUACACACAUGGUUCUAAAUGGUGUUGCCCACAGAGAUCUGAAGGCAGACAAUAUUUUACUUGACUUGGAUGAGAGUGACGAGAUGUGCCCGAAUCUGUCUGUUACUGACUUUGGAUGCUGUUUAGCUGACCGGGUACAAGGUCUUAGCCUACAUUACACAUCGCAUGACACUGACAAGGGAGGAAAUGCAGCUCUCAUGGCUCCUGAGGUUGCUUGUGCUGAGCCUGGACCAUUCAAUUACAUUAACUACAGCAAGGCAGAUGUUUGGGCUGUGGGAACUCUGUCAUAUCAGCUGUUUGGAAUGGACAACCCUUUUCACCGAAUUGGCAACCAGACAGGCACUACUGCUAAAAAUGGCAAAGGGGCCACAUUUUUACUUUCUUCUUCAUACAGCGAAUGUGACCUGCCUCCUCUCCCUGGGGAUGUUCCUCCAAUUAUUGUAAAGCUUGUUCAAGAAAUGUUGGCUCGAAGUCCGUCAAAGCGCAUAAGUGCUGAACUUGCUGCUACCGUGUGCCAGCUUUAUUUGUGGGCCCCAAGUUCUUGGAUCCAAGGAGAAAGCACCAAGAUUCCCUCAAGCUCUGAGAUUCUACAGUGGCUGCUGUGCCUCACAACUAAAGUUCUUUGUGAGGGUCGAAGAAUGAUGUCAGCCAAGUUUAUGCCUGAUGAUGUAAAUCCAUCGCAUCAUCUAGCAUUAGAUACUAACGUUGUACAUGCUUCACCAGAGUAUAAUUUAGUUGAAAGUUUUCUGCGCCGUAUCAAGUUGUCCGUUGUCAGAGAUGCACUUCAGUGGAUGACUGAGGCUUGAAGUCACAUUUUUGUUGUAACCUUCGAUUUUUGAUCUAUUUUUACUAUAGGUACAGUAAUUAAAACAAACAUGAAAAAAACACACUUUGAAAAAUGAUUAAUUAUGUAUAAUUAUUUGAUUAGAUAGGAUUUAUUUAAUAACCUUUUCUUUAGUGUCUCCACUCAAGCAUUUUAAUAAGUAUCUUCCCAUCAAGUUGUGGUGUGGAGUUGUCUGGAGUGUGUUUACUCUUAGUAGAGGUCCAAAACAUGGCUGUGAAUGUAACUUAUAGGGGAUGAAACUUCAGUUUUUAGAUUGUGCAAGAUAACCACCUCUGUAUGAGAGAGAUGGAGCUAUCCAUUAAUUAUGAUCAAUGUCUUCAAAUUAAAAAAGAUAUUAGAAAGCUUUUAGUUCAUAACUUCCAAAUUUGACACACACCAAACUUUAUCACCAGUUGAGCAGGUCCAAUUCCACUUAAGAAGAAUUGCUAUGAACCAAAUAAAGUUAAGUGCUCCAAAUAUUUUGUUUGAGGGAGUUCCAGUUCAUUUUCUCACCUCCUGUAAAGGGGGUUGAAGGGAUAAAUGGAUGGAGAAAAUAGGAAGCAAAAUGAAUAUCCUGGGACAAAGUUACCAAAUGUUACCUACUUAAAGAUUUUAAUACAGUUAUGUAUCAAACAAACUUGUACAAUUAAAUUAACAGCCAAAAUUGAA